AUGUUUCGUUUCAAUAACGGAAUUACUCGGAAUGUGUCUCGUAGAUGGCUUCGCAGAAGGCUACAAAACCAGCAACAAUGUCACUUGAUGGGACGAGCCGCGCAAUACCAAUCAUCGUCAGUCUUGUCAGCCCAAUAUUCAUCUUCUCCGUAUCUCUCUGAACCAAAAGACGAUAAUGAGGAUACCGAAGAGACUCAAAAGAUCAUCCAAGCAGAAUGGAUCCCACCGAAUCGUCCCUUGCACGGAGAUCAAGAUCAUUCUCAACUCUUCAAGACCCAAAAGGACUUGGAUCGUGCCGAAGAUGCCUUGCUGUUUACCGUGGAGGAGGAUGAGUCGGAAGAAGAAACCUUGCGGCGGCUUGAAAAAGCCUUGGAAUUGGAAGAAAAAUUGGAAGUGGAACGACAAAAGGAAUAUGCUGAUGCUGAGCAAGACUUUGACAAUACUAAUAUUGAUUGGCUUCAGACCCGACGACAAGCACUGGGAACCCAACAUCCCGAGCAAGACCAAGUACCAAUCAAGACACAUGAACUACUGACGGAAGAAGAAGUAACGACGUUAUUGACUGUGUUUGGGGGCCAAGACAUUUUGGUUUUGAAGGAUGACGAGGAAUACCCUCGCAUGGGCGGAGCGAAUGGAAUGGUGCUGUGCACGGCCGAGAGUCAAUUCUUGGUUCGGAGCAUAACCAAGAAUCUUGUGGAUCAUUUGAAGGAACGAGAGUUGCAAGAUUUGGGUGUGGCGGGCGCCAAAAUGGGAAAGCACUUUUUGCAAACUACUGCUGGCAGAGAGAGCGAUUGGAAUGUGAUUGAUUGUCGCACCUAUAUUGUUCAUAUCUUUGACGCCAAAACACGAAAGGCAUUGAAAUUGGAAGAAUUGUGGUCUGGGAAGGAUCCAUUGUGGAAACUGAAUACCAAUGAUGAAGAUACCUUGGAUGACUAUGUUGCCGAUCACUAUGUGCCAUAUUCGUAUGGCCCCAAUACAGUGGGUACGUAUGGGGAGGCCUCCAUUUCCAAGCUACAAAGGCAGCAAUGGCUGUCGCCGCAUCGUCCUGUCAUUUCCACGGAACAAAAAUUAAGAGAUCGAAGAGCCCAGAAACGGCUACGACGGGAACGUAAGAGACAGGAGGCCAAGGAAGCCUACUAUUAG